AUGGCUUCUCGAAGCGCGGGCACCCUACUGAGCGAGUUCAAUGCCACCUACGUGCCCCCCAGCCUCAUGCCUGGGUACCAGGGCCAUGUGCCCGGUGCGGCCUUCUCCUUCGGCUCCCCCUACGGCACCACCACCCUCAAGUACUUCCAGGACCACCGCAGCGCAGCCAUGGAGCACCGCCACACUCCUUUCAGCAAAGGUGGCCACUUUCCCACCCUCUUCUCCUCCGAUCCCAACCUCGUGCUCCUCAACUGCUCGCAAUCCUGGGAACGUUGUCUGCACCGGCCCAACUACACCCGCUUCAACCUGGACAGCGACCGCUCCCACCUGCUCACACACUUCUACCAGACGGCACAGCAGCAUCGGAAGUACUAUCAAGACAAGACAGGCACGGUGCCCCGGGUCCCCUACUUUGUCCUGCCUGUGAGAGAGACCGAAAAGUACCCGCUCCCCACGGACCUGCCUCCACUGACCCCAAAGAACAAGUGGCAUCUUUUAAGAGUAUCCCCUGAGAACUUGAAGACCUACCAGACCUUCCCAUCUGGGAAGAAGGUCUUUCCACAAGAACGGCAGAAGAGAGACUGCUACUUUGAGUUCAGAGCGUGA